AUCGUCAACAAGGAGUCGCAUAAAAGAAAGCAUCAAAAGGAUGUUUGUACUGGAAAAUUUUUUCAGGGUCGUGAUGUCGUUACUGGUGCUGCAUGUCGGCUGACCGUUCUUCCGGACAUUGGCACAAACAGGACCAAACUGGCAUUCGUCUCUCCACUACUCGCUGUGAAAAUAUCGUCUUACAGCCUGGCUACUCGAUUGCAAGAGAUUGGUGUGAACAGAUAUAGGGACGGCUGGAACCUGACAGACCAUCUUCUUGAAUACGAGGGAAUGGAAGAAAAAUCUCGUCCUAUCGACAUCCAUAUGUGGUUCGAUUCGGUAGGAGCGGCGUCAGAGGCAUGUCCCAGAGGCAACGCCCUGGUAGUUACGGCCAGAUGCGCUCCGAGCAAAAAGGAACCCGAGAUACGGUUGCCACAUACUUGUCCUGAUGGAACCUGCGAUGGUUGUCUCUUCCACGCUAUUGUUGAAUCGUUCAGGCAUGUCCUAUUUGUGGACCUGGCGACUACGAAAUGA